CAACUGCUGCGUCCCCUAGACGAGAAGGGUCUCGUCAUCGAGAAGACGCCCGAGCUCACGGAGCUGAACAUCCACAACAGUUGGACGGCCGAGAUUGUUGGAGGGGAAUAA